CCCACGGACACUUCACCCACGACACACGCCAAGACAAGUACACAGACGCCGAACAGGUGGUCCAGUCCCACCUGAGGAACAAAACAUGAGGAUUUAUCCCGCUGUUCACCUUUCUGGAUACAAUGUUACCAUCGCUAACUGAUUGUGUCUGAAGAGUGCAACACUUCACGCGCUUCCCGAGGAGUCGCUGGGAAUACUGGGCGAACAUGAAAGUGACAGUAUGUUUUGGAAGGACCCGGGUGGUCGUUCCCUGUGGCGAUGGGAAUUUCAGAGUACAAAAUCUUAUUCAGCAAGCGGCGAUGAGAUAUAAAAAAGCCAUAGCCAAGGACCCAGGCUACUGGAUUCAAGUUCAUCGGUUAGAACAUGGAGACGGGGGCAUUUUGGAUCUGGAUGACGUGCUGUGUGACGUAGUUGACGACAAAGACAGGCUGGUGGCGGUCUACGAGGAGCAGGACCCUCAUCAUGGAGGUGACGGCACCAGUGCUAGUUCAACAGGUACUCAGAGUCCAGAGCUUUUCAACAUGAGCGAGCUCAACUCUUCCAACCUGUCUGCCUUCCAGUCCUACCAGACCAGCAGUGAGAUCGAGGUCACUCCCUCAGCCCUCCGGACCAACAUGCCCUUGCAUGUACGGCGCAGCAGUGAUCCAGCCGUGGUAGGCCUGCCAGAAGUCCAGCUCCAGUCAGAGGAACCGUCUCGUAAGAACCCUACACGCUGGUCCACCACUGCGGGGUUUUUGAAAACCAACACCACCAGUGGAACAAAUAGCCUAGAACGAAAGGGUGCAGGUCUGGAUGCAUACCACAGCCUGCCUCGUGAUACUGUCGCCUGGGCGACACAGUUUCAGAGGGAGAAUGCCCGCUCGUCUCUCAGUGCCAACCAUCCCUUGGUGGAUCGAUGGCUUGAGCGUCAAGAACAGGAAGAAGAGGAGGAGGAGAGAGGUGAUGGAGGAAAGAACGGGAGGAUAGAGCCAGUGGGAAGAGCAGACUCCUGUGUAGAAUCAGCCUCACUUGAUGAAAUGUUAAAGCUGGUUGAGGUGUCCAAUGGCGGUGGGCCACUAGGAAUCCAUGUUGUGCCUUUCAGUACCAGAGACAGAAGGACGCUUGGUUUGUUAGUCAAGAGGCUGGAGGGAGGCGGAAAGGCGGAGCGGGAAGCUCUGUUCCAGGAGAAUGACUGUAUCGUUCGGAUUAAUAACGGAGAUCUGCGCAACAUCCGAUUUGAACAGGCCCAGAAUUUGUUCAUUCAGGCCAUGAGCUCUCCGAUCAUCCUGUUCCAUGUAGUUCCAGCAUUAAAGAAAGCCCAGUAUGAGCAGUUGUAUCAGAAUGAGUUGGGCCUGCAGUCUGGUUCUGGACUCGGUGAUAGAGGUAGCCUGGUGGUAGGAGGUAUGGACUACAGUCUGCUGAGUAUGUCCAAAGCAGAAUCAAAUCGGGGCUUUCCAACAUUACCACAUCCAGCAAACCCAUCGGCCAAGAUGCUACCAGAACCCAUCCAACCUUCCAGACCAGACAGCAUUGCCUCAUCCAUGGGCUACUUCAAAAAAAUUGGCCGCAAGUUCAGUGUUCAGCUAAGGAAAGGUCCGGAGGGGUUGGGUUUUAGCAUCACCUCCAGAGACGUUCCCAUUGGAAGUUCCGCCCCCAUAUAUGUGAAAAAUAUCCUCCCCAGAGGAGCCGCCAUCCAGGAUGGCCAUCUUAAAGCAGGAGACCGUCUGCUCAAGGUUAAUGGAGUGGAUCUGAAUGGAAAGACUCAGGAGGAGGUUGUGGCAUUGUUGCGCUCCACUCCCAUGGGAGGCACUGUAGGUCUACUCAUCGUCAGGCAAGAGGAUGCUUUCCUUCCCCGUGAAGUGAAAGCAGAACGAGAUGACUUAAUUUUGACCCCGGAUGGAACGAGAAAGUUUUUGACUUUUGAAAUUCCUCUCAAUGACUCGGGCUCAGCAGGGUUGGGGGUCAGCGUCAAGGGCAACAGAUCUAAAGAAAGCCACGCUGACCUGGGUAUUUUCGUCAAGUCUAUAAUCACUGGAGGAGCUGCUUGCAAGGAUGGGCGGUUGAGGGUAAAUGACCAGCUAAUAGCAGUAAAUGGAGAAUCUUUACUGGAAAAGACAAACCAGGAAGCAAUGGAGACCCUCCGCAAGUCCAUGUCCAUAGAAGGCAACAAGAGAGGCAUGAUUCAGCUCAUCGUGGCUCGUCGGGUCCCAGGGAGAGGAGAGGAGGCUCCAGGUCGCCCACCUGUGCCAGAUCUGCCUCUGAACUCUUCACGAGAAGAACAUGAGCGCCGUAUCUCUCAGUCUCUCUGUCCCGGAGAAAACCUGGAUGACAACCACAGCCCACAACCCAACAUGAUGGGUAGAAUGAUGGGUAACUACCAGCUGUCCCCCACUGUGAACAUGCCCCAGGAUGACACCGUCAUCAUUGAAGAUGAUAGGCCACCUGUUCUCCCUGUCCGCUUGUCCGACCAAUCUUCAUCUAGCUCUCACGAUGACAUGGGAUUUGUGACAGAAAUGCCAGAAUCAUGGCCCAGAGAUGUCCAUAUACAGGACGAAAGUUCCCUCAGUCCAGAUGCAAAUAUAGAUGCCAUGUUUCAGAGGGAAGGCUUUGGAAGACAGAGCAUGUCUGAAAAGCGGACCAAACAGUACAGUGAUGCUGCACAGCUGGAGAUUGUUAAGAGUCGCAUGUCAAAGAGUAUGGACUUAGUAGCUGAUGAGUUUCACCUCACUCCCCACAAAGAGAGGACAGAAGGCAACUCCUCGCGAGAUGUAGGACCAUCAUUGGGUUUAAAGAAGUCUAGUUCCUUGGAAAGCCUCCAAACAGCUGUUGCUGAGGUGAUGCUAAAUGGGGAUGUCCCUUUGCACAGGCCCCGCCCCAGAAUCAUCAGGGGGAGGGGCUGCAACGAGAGCUUCCGGGCAGCCAUCGACAAAUCUUACGACAAGCCAAUUGUGACAAUAGUCAACCCUGAAGAAGAAGACGAGGGCAUGGAGACAUUGGAAGAGGACACAGAGGAGAGCUCACGGUCAGGUCAUGACUCCAUUUCCACGGCAACUGACCUUACCCUCCCACCCAGUGGAACGGCCAACGUGGAGAAACAAGUGAAUGGGGGACGUACCAAAGAUGGCAAGAAGAAGGAGAGGGAUGGGAAAGACAAGAAAGACAAAAGCAAAGCCAAGAAAGGUGUGCUGAAGGGCCUGGGUGACAUGUUCAGGUUUGGCAAACACCGCAAAGAUGACAGGCAGGUUGACAAUAUAGAGAGGAAAGGCUCUAGCAAGAACAAGAUGGAAGAAACUCAGGCCACAGAAGAGGAUACACUGAGAAUGAGGCUGGAGCAGGAGAGGAUUCAAUCUAAGACAAGGGAGCUUCGAGAACGACAGACCAAAGAGAGAGACUAUGCGGAAAUUCAGGACAUCAGUCGCACCUUCAGUUCUGAUGAAGAGCACACCUAUGCUGGGAUUGGCUCUUUGGACUCUUCUGUGGCUAGCAGUAUGGAUCUGAGCCAGAACCCUAGUCAAGAACAGCAUCCCCAGAGCCCAGUAGACCAACCCCUGCCCUUAGAGGCUCUCUACGCCCAGGUCAACAAGCUCCACAAUGGGCGUCCACCCUCUGCAGACAGCAACAGACUGACACCUAGCAACCAUGAUCGGAUACAGCGGCUACGGCAGGAGUUCCAGCAGGCCAAGCAAGAGGAAGACCCUGAUGACCGCCGUCACUCCUACAGCUUUCAACAGCAACCAUGGGCCAGCUCGGGCUCUUACACGCCAUCGGGUCGGCAUUCUGUUUCUGUGGAGGUCCAAAUGCAGAGACAGAGAGAGGACUCAUUCACACAAGCCCAGAGGCAGUACAACUCCCUACCACGACAACCACGUAAAAACCCUAGCAACGUGUCUCAAGACUCAUGGGAUAAAGUCUACCCUCCCGGCGAUGUCUUUCAGACCGCCAAAGAGAACCCUCGAUACUCCAGUUACCAGGGUUCCCAAUCUACCAAUGGUUACCUGGGUGCCAGUGCCACAGGCCUGAACGCCCGUGUACUCCUCGAGACCCAAGAGCUGCUGAGACAGGAGCAGAGACGCAAGGAGCAGGAGGCUAAAAUUAAACUCCCCACUAUGGAGGAGAUGCCAACACAGCCCGGAAGCCAAACCACUGUUCCUACCCCACCCAAAGGUCCAUAUCGACAAGACGUACCCCCAUCACCCACCCAACUUGCCCGACUCAACCGUCUACAGACCCCUGAGAAGGGCCGUCCCUUCUACUCCUGAGAAGAGAUCAACUGAAAAACUGUAUUACAGCAAUAUGUUGAAUGGAGAGAGACAGAGCUAUAAUAUAAAGGCUGCAUUGAGGAUUCCGGGUAAUUUGGUUGGAGGUUAGUUCAAGUGUGUCCAACUUGUUCCUUUUUUAUAAUUGUAUGAAAUGGAAAUCUUUGCACACACUGAAGAACUUUGUCUGCCAUAAACUUCCUGUGUGUGUGUGUGCGUGUGUGUGUGUGUGGAAUACAUUGAUGUUAGUUACUGUGCUUGGUACUCUUGACAAUCACAUGACAGCCCACCGAGGCUUUGAUACAUGGCCGUUCCCACAGUAUUGUGACCUACAUAUCAUGUUUUUACCAAGUAUGUAUGCUGAGAACAUGUACAGUAGGUGGGUAAAAACUGUCAAGAACAUGUCUGGGUCAUAUUUCAUGCAAUAAUCAAAAAGAGAUAAAAAAAAUGAAAUUCAUUAUGUGUAAAGAAAAUGUAACAUAUUUUGAGGAUCAUUCAGAGAUUGAGAUUGCUUUCAUGACAAUUAAGCAUUUCCACAAAAUUCUCAUUACUGAAAUGUGUGUGGAUAUUUUACUUUUGAGGUUUUUUUUUUAGGUCAUUCCUCAGUGGUGAUACUCUUUAGAUACCAAUUACUGUAAUUCCCGCUGUCAGUCAAUUAAAACUUUAAAGCGUGAUUAAUCGCAUGAUUUUUCAUUGUCAGUUUUGAUUAAUCACAGAUUUUGUAUGUGCUGAAAUCUGACUCUGAUAUUUAGUUAUUUGUUAUGAAAGAAUACAAAACAAUAUGUAACAAUAAUUCUAUAAUAACAUUUUCCAAACAAAACACCUUACACAGUAUAAAGAUUGAAGUGCAUGAAAAUUGCACCAAUUCAAGAAGGCUGACUAAUUUAAUGAAAUUGUCCCUAUAGCUUGAGUUAUCCAUUGCAAUGUGCGACCCUGAUUUACUACAGGUUUUGCAUGAAAACACGUGCAAACUUUAUAGCAUGCUCAAAAAAUGUCAGAGCUGAUCUGCUAAUGUAGUCUUCUGAGGAUUGUGUCUUUCAGAUGCGCAAAAUAGCAUGUCUUGGGAAUUUUUGUGCGUUUCCCUGAAAUGAAUAUGCAAUUUAGAGUUGUGCCCUAAAGUGCACAAAAUAAAGGCCGUUGUCGAUGCAAAUGAAUUAAAUUGCAAACAUGUAAACCCCGCAAAUUCAUUUAUGAUGGCAGAAAGUCAUUUCAGAAACGGAAACUGCAAGAGCAAAUGAAUACGAAUGAAAGGCAGGUAUUAAUCUGAUUCAUGAUGCUGUUAUUGUGGCAAAACAGAAACUUUGAGAAUAAAGAAGACAUUGAAUAUCCAUUUAUGACACGCAUUAAUGUGAUAUUAAAUUAUUUCUCAAACUUUAGGGUUUUAGUUCAUUUAGAACUCGAAAUUAUAACAUACUGAUCAUACAACUCUUUUAACUCUAAGAUAAAAAUAGCCCACUAACAAUUUAUGCCCAAAUUAUGUAUUUCGAUGUUUUAAACACAGUUUUUUUACUGCAGAAAUAUUGUGUUAACACAUUUAUUUCGACAGCUCUAACUGUAACUAACUAACAAUAUUCCGUUUUUACUAUGAGCAUAUGGGCAGAACAGAGAACGUUAAAUAUAUAAAUGCAUUUAUAUCUUGUGUCGACCAAUUGCAGACGAUUGCCAUUGCAUUUGCUAGUGGCGCAGAAGUUACACACUUGGGUAUCAAAUGUUUUUUCAGCAUUACAAUAUUGAUAAAAAGAAUUUUUUCAGGUUUAAGUAAUGCAAAUUUUUGUUGUUUUCUUAAUGUGUCAAUCUAAGAACUCGAGCCAUGUAGCUGAACUCAGCAUAUAGACUUUGACAGGUUUGCGACCCCACAACCUACCGACUCCCCUAGGGAAACCCCUUUUAACCUGUCAAACUUGUUACUCACACCUCACGUGACACUCCUCAUUCCCAACUACUUCAUAAUUGAUUCUACCUUCAGCUCUUUCCUCUAUUUUGUAGUUAAUCUCCCUCGACUAAUAAGCUCAACUAGAUCUGACCCUGUCUAACAGUGAAUCAGUCCAGACCAGGAAUGAAGCAAUUCCCCUCUUUAAAACUGUAUUUGUAUGACUUGCUGGAAGAGUGUAGGAUGCAUUUGAGUAUGUGUCGUGUGUGUUUUUUUAAACACAGUAGAUGUAGGUGUGAAUUUUUAUGCUCUGCCUUCAUGCAAACCUUCUUUGGUUUUAGGUGUUCUGUUAGAGGCCACAUCUGUUCUGCACUUAAAUGUUUUAUCACACAAGUUUAUGGGCAUUUGCUUGGACAUGUUCCACAAUAACACAACAAAGCUCAGGUUACUGCUUACACCCCCAUAGGCACAAAUAUAGUCUAAUAACAGUUUAAAGGGAGUUCUCCAAAACGCGCACACCAAGUUAUUCAAUUCCAGCCCCAUAUGAUUGUCUUUUAUUCUUAAAGCACAAAAGUUAAUGUUAUUAGGGAAAAUAUCCAAGCUGAAAAUUGCAAAUUUGUACACAUUUUUACCUGGUACAUUAUAAUCGGUUACGAGACAUGCGAGAACCAAUUAUGCUUGACGUCAUUGACCCUGUUUAAAUGCACUUUAGAAAACGUUUUGUUCCAGGAUGUGGAAAAAGUUUUUAACUCUCAAGGAGGAAGCGGGAGACAGCGAAUCAAACUCAAAAGGUAUUUUUAUUUGAUCUCACUCAAAAGCUUCAAACUCAGAUGUUAGCUUCACUGACACACACAAACACACGUACAGGCUCGGCUCUCUUUCCCCUCCGGCGGUAUGGAUCGCCUUUUAAAUCACUCUCAACUCUCACUGCAAACACAAAACAGCUGUUAGAGGUGAUUUCCCACAGGUGCCAACCCUUACUGUACUCACUCUCUCGGCCUCGCUUUCCACAGACGUCUCUCAGCCACGCCCCCAUCACCAAACAGGGUUUUUGCAGAAAUCGGCGUUCUGAAAUGCCAUCUAAACGAGAAUGCGGUUUCCUUUCACCGCUUAAGGGAUUAAGAGAAAGCGGUUUAACACACCUAGGUUUCUCUCAGAGAAUGUGGCAUAUCUGGCCAUGUAAACAUAUAAGAAGUGUUUUCAUGGGUUUUUGAAGAGUACACGUGCUUGAACAGACAGGGUAACACACGUCAUCAGAUGGCCCAAUAACAAGUAAACAAAGCAGAAAGACUUCAACAUUUCUGGGAGUUCAGUCGGUAAAGCACAUCCACAAUAAACUAUACACAUUUAUACACAUAUAUAAAUAUAUCAACUGUCCCUAAAAAUCCCCACUAUUGCAGCGCAUUUCCGUUGCAGGUCACAAUGAAAGUUAAGGAAACAAACACAGCAACAACUGUGGAAAGCAAUGGAGAAUAAUAUAGCAAAAUGGUCUUUCACAGAUGCCUUGUUUGUUACUUACACGAGCGUCGCAGGUAUAUUAUGUUGCUAUGGAGAACGUUGCUCUCUUACCGAGCCGCAUAAUAAGGAAUUAUUCAGUCCAUGUAAACUUUCUCACUGCGUUCUCGCAAUAUUCUGCUUUCUGAUAUCCAUAUAGAUGCACUCAUUGACAUCAGACAUACUGUGAUGUGUCAUGAGGUGCCAAGUUUGAAUGUGCAAAAGUGUGAAUGAGAUUUGAGAGCUAAAGCAAAUACUUACAUUUUGGUCUGUUCCUCACACAAAGUUAUCGUUUGGCUUCAGAAGACUUGAAACACAGCACAUGAGUCAUGGAGGGUUUCUUUUUUUGUCCAUUUUGGAGCUCAAUAGUGUGAAUCCCCAUCAAGUUUCAUUGUAUGGUGGAGAGAGGCUUGGACAUUUUUCAAAACAUCUUCUUUUGUGUUACAUGGAAGAAAGAACGUCAUACGGGUUUCAGACUUGUUUGCAUUUUUUGGGUAAACUAUCCCUUUAAAUCUAGCUCUCUGUUAAUUUAGAAAUCACAUGAAAAACAUAAUGUGACUCAUAUCGUUAAUGUAUAUGUAUGUAUGUAUAUAUAUAUAUAUAUAUAUAUAUAUAUAUAUAUAUAUAUAUAUAUAUAUAUAUAUAUACUGUAUGUGUUAAUGUGUGUGUCUGGGUUUUGCAUGGGACUAUGUUUUACCAGUGCCUGUAACAUGAUUCUCUCUUGUCUAUGAACUGUAUCUUGGCAGUAACUUUAAACACUUGGCCACAUUCUCCAGAGCGAAGGCUAAAAGAAUGCAAUAAGCUCUCACAAAAGGGAACGCCAAGCCCAUUGACCAAUGUACUCUCCAAGUCUUUUCAAACUAGUUGGAACACAAGUCCGUCUGGCAUCUCGUUCUGUCUCGCAUCCUUUCAUCUUGCAGAAGGCUCAGUAUAUCUCUGUACACCAAGUAAUAAGGCGUAGCUUCCUGCUUUACAAGGGUUUGGUACUUCCUUUAUUGAUUGUUAUUGGUUCUGUGAUACGACAUGUGCUUCUAGUAUGGUAUCUACCAAUGGCAAAAGUGGUAAAAAAACGUUCCAGGACAGCAGCUGUUUGUUUGUCUUUGGUACUGGCUGCUUAUCUAUUUUAUGUCACAUUGUACGCGUAACGUUUUUAAAUGGGAAGUGCCUGUGAAGAGGGAUGUUUUUACAUGUUAAUAGUUGACGUGUCACCAAAUGCACAUAUUUCUACAUGACAUUAUUGUUUUCUUUUGACUUUAUCUCCUAGUACAACAUUCAAUUUAAUUGUUAAAAGGAAGCUAAGAGUUAUCGGCACAUUUUUUUGAUGUAUUUGUACAACCUUUUGUCUUCGAUAUAUGUCAUAGGUACAUAAGAGUUCCAGUAGCUCUUGUAUACAAGGAGCAAAUGUUUUUACCCCAUGUUUUUACCUGAUGUGUCAAAAUGUGCACAAAGCUUCUCUGUACAUAUCAAAACUAUAUUCAAUAAAACAUUUC